AUGCUGCUAGUGGGGUUCAAGACCUUGAGGAGUUUGUCUUGGCCUUCACCCCAGAUCCUCUCCUUCCCACUUAAAAAGUAUUGCUGUCUGAGUACUUGUUGCAUCCCUCACCCACCCACUCCGUGCUCUAUUGCAGUCUGCAGUAGAUAUAUAGUUAUUGACUGUCAAUCCUCACUUAUCAUUGUUAUGAGGUAUAAAUUACCUCCAUCAGUGCUCGCCUCAUUCCUCACUCACCCACUCCUUGUUGUAUUGCAGUCAGAGGUACAUCUAUCAUCAUCAGGUGUUGGGUUGACUUAUCAUCACUAUCAGUCUGAGCUAUGGUAUUAUUACAUACUCGUGAUCUACAGUUACUGCUGUUAUCAGAACCAAGUUUCUGGUAAUGAUCUCCUUCCAUUCCUCACCAACUCUGUGUUGUAUGUAGUCCAAAGUACCUGUAUUGUUGUCAACUUUGUUCACUGUUAUCAUCAGGUAUACAUUAUUUUGUUCAUUGGCACUUGUCUCAUUCCCUACCCACUCCAUCUGGUACUGUUGUCCAAGGAAAUGUCAAAAUACGGUUUAAUGUCAAUGCUCCCUGAACCUAAUUUCUUGUAG